AUGAAACUAAAUCAUCAUAUAACAGUUAGAAAAAAACUAUUAAAGUAUUUAAUAUUUGUAUUAAUACUAAUAAAUAUAAUUUGUAUACCAUUAUUCUUGGGGAAGAAAAAAAUUCUAAUAUCAAAAUUAAUCAAAUUUAAAAAAAACAAAAGUAAAUCAAAUAAACAAUUAUAUCUUAAACAAAAUAUAUUAAAACCAGCUCCAAAUCAUAAAAAUGAAUAUCAUUUUGGUUUAAAAGGUGGGUUUUCAUUAGAUGAUAUACCAAAAAUUAUAAAAGUUCCAAAUGAAGAACCAACCACCACCACCACCAUAACAAUUGAAACAUCAUACCCAAAAACAACAAAAGAAAAAAUUCAAUGGUUAUUAAAAGAUGUUGAAACAAAUCCAGACCAUUGGUUAACCAAAACAGAAAUAACAGACAAUAAAAUUUUAAUUAAUAAAACAGAAUUUUUACCUGAAUAUUGGGUAGAUAAACCAGCUAUAAUUUAUGAUCCAAGAUUAACAUUAUCAAUAUAUUUAUCAGAAAUUAAAAAUCAAUACCUUCAAAAAAAUCCAACAAAUGAUCCUACAAAAAAAGAUAAUAUAGUAAUCCCAUUUGCAUGGCAAGAUUGGGUAGAUAUAACAAGUUUAAAUGAAGAAUUAAUGAAACCUCAAAAACAAAGAAAAACUUGUGAAUAUAUGAAACAAACUCAUCAUAUUCCUACAAAAAUUCAUGAUUAUUGUAUAAAUAAUAUUGAUAUAAUGGAAGAUGAAUUAGAUUUAAUGCAAUUACCACUGAUUGAUUAUGUACCUGGUUUUGCAGUUAAAAAAUCACCAACAAAUAAAGCAACAAAUGAAGUUAGAAUGUUGGAGGGAAAAUCUCAUUUAUUAACUUAUGCUAUAAAUCCUUUAUCUAUAAUAUUUUUAAGUGAAAAUGGUUGUUAUGAAGCACAAAUUAAUGGGAAACAAAGAUUAGUUGAUGGGAACUUAUUAAAAAAUUAUUUAGAAGAUAAUGAAAUUGAUGCCAAUGAAGAUAUUAUAGAGUUAGAUCCAAUCAAUGAAUUCAAAAAAUUUAUUAACACCAUAAAACCUGAAGAACCAAAGAUCAAACAACACCCUACAGAAAUAUAUAUCCCAGAAUCAGCAUUUGAUUAUCAACAAGAUAAAAUGGAUGUACAGAUUAAAUAUUAUGAUAAAAGAGUUGAUGAACUAAACAGGGUAAUAAAUGAUGAAUUAAAUUAUGAUCCUAUUAAAAUUAAUGAAUUAAGAUUAACAAGAAAAGAAAAAAUGUAUUAUGAUGGUAUAAAAUAUGCUAAUAAAUUUAAUAGUAAAAAAGAACCAACUUAUUUUAGAAUGGCAAGAUUAAAAUUUAAUACUGCUGAAAAUAAAAGAGAUGCUGGUUGGCAUUAUGAAUGGAGAUUUUUCAAUGGUGCUUUAAGAAUUCAUAAACCAGGUUGGAAUAAUGAAGAAUUACAAAUUAGAGAAACUAUUUUAUUGGAUAGAAUAUUAAGAAAUUGGUAUAAAUUUUCAGCUACAAAAGGUAUUAUAAGUUGGAUAGCUCAUGGUCCAUUAUUGGCAUGGUAUUGGAAUGCUUUACUUUUCCCAUUUGAUGAAGAUAUUGAUAUUCAAAUGCCCGCAGUUGAAUUAGUUGAAUUUUGUAAAAAAUAUAAUCAAACUUUAGUUGUUGAAGAUAUUACUGAAGGUUAUGGGAAAUUUUUUAUUGAAUGUUCAACUAUGGUACAUCAUAGAUCAAAAUCUUAUAAGGAUAAUCAUAUUGAUGCAAGAUUUAUUGAUAUUGAUACUGGUUCAUAUAUUGAUAUUACAGGUUUGGGAGUAAGCAAUGAAGUUCCACCAUCAAGAUAUGAUUCAAUAAUUGAAAAAAAUUAUUUACAAGGUAAAACAUCAACCAUAUAUAAUUGUAGACAAUCACAUUUUUAUUCAUAUGAUGAAAUAUCCCCAUUAAGAUUUACAAAAUUAGGUGGUGUACCAGUUUAUGUUCCAAAUAAUAUAGAACAACUAUUAAAAACAGAAUAUGGUGAAAAAGGUUUAAAAAGUUAUACUUAUGGAGGAUUUGUAUUUGUUGAUAUUUUAAAUUUAUGGAUACCUGAAAAACAACUUGAAUUUUUAAAAAAACCAGGACAAGAUAUAAUAGAAACAGUACAAAAUUUAACAGAAGAAGAUAAAAUGUGGAUAUUACAAAGAAAUCCAGAUAUUUUAGCUGAAUAUUAUAUUACAUCAAAUUCAACUGAAUUUCAUAAAUUAGAAAUGAUAAAUUUUUUUAAUUUAUCUUUUAAUGGUACAAAUACAAAAAUGUGUGAUGUUGGAGAAAUGUAUUCAAGUGAAGAAAUUUCAACAAAUGAAAAAUUUCAUAAUUUAAGUUCUACUAUUAAAUAUGGUAAACCUUUUAGAAAAUCUAUUUUUAAUUAUGAAAAAAUUGAUAGAGCUAGACAUCAUAAAGAUUAG